UAUUAGAGAUUUAUUUCAUUUUAAAUUGGACACAAGAUCAUCUGACAUGUCCCUGACGAUCAGAGUUAAGACAGUUGUCUUUGGAGGAGGACAGAUGUCUCCUCUGUCAUUUUUCUAUUUUAGUUUUUAUUUAAAACACAGUUGGUAAAGAGCUGACAACACUUGAAAUGUAUAAACAAGAACUUUGAGUGUAGGUGGAUAAAUAUAAAUAGACAUUGACGCAGUCUGUUUUAAACAUGUAAAACUAUAUGAAAAUGUUAGACAUUUCAAACUGUCUCUAAACGAACGAGUUUCUUCAACAAAUCUUCAGGUCAGUGAGUUCUCUCUGAUGGUUGGACGACAGACGCUCCGAAUGGACAGCGGCACCUCCUCCGGGUUGGUGGUGGACGACAGUCCCGCAUCCAGUCCCAGCUCCAGCCCCAGUCCGGACGGUCGCCGGCGGGAGCUGCAGCGGAGCAGGGUGCUGCAGAGCGGCGGCCUCGGCGGCAGAGGACGCCCCGCCGCAGCCAACGCUGCCCGGGAGAGGAGCCGGGUACAGACCCUGAGGAACGCCUUCCUGGAGCUACAGAGGACUUUGCCUUCGGUGCCGCCGGACACCAAGCUGUCCAAACUAGACGUCUUGAUUCUGGCCACCACCUACAUAGCCCACUUGACCCGAACACUACAGGAGGAAGGAGCUGAGGAUGGAGAGAGCACGAAGCAGACAGAGGCGUUACACUCUCUGAAGGGGGAAGGAUACCUGCACCCAGUCAAGAAAUGGCCCAUGCGAUCCAGGCUGUACGUCGGUGCAAGCGGACAGUUCCUCAACACUUCCAACUCUUCAGAGUCAGAGAACCAGGGCCCGUCCUCGUCCACCUCCCGUCAGUAACGGGCUUAAAAAACGUUUGUAACGAAACUAUGUCACGUGCGCAUGAGUUCACGUCGCCUUGUAAUGAUCUGUGUAUAGAACAAAAACGGUCUUCACACCUGAUUCCUGGAUUUAAAGUCCCCGCGCUCCGACUGAGUUGUAAAUUAAUAUAUUAUACCUGAUUUUUAUUGUAUAGAUUUUACGGAGAACUCAAUCUUUUCUCUCUUGUUGUUGUUUCGGCUUUUGCUGUACUGUGUGUCCCUGCUGUGUGCAGUCCCCUACACGUCCCCCCCCCCAACCUCCCUGUCAGAAUGUGCAGAGAAUUCCACGGGCCGACACUGAGCCCGUCAUGCUUGAGAUGUGCACUUUCAGUUGAAGCAUUUGCACUAAAAUGCAUGUGUGAAUAAGUCAAACAUCUGUCAUGUGAAGUGUUCCGUCCUUCACCUCAUGUUCCUCCGUUCGUUUUUACCUGCAUGGCUGUACAAUGUGUUUGUGAAUAAAUGGCUCUGGUGAAAACAGACGAGUCUCGGGAAAUGUUCACGAUGGCGAGAGGAGGGAAAUUGUGAUGUAAGAAAAAAUAAAAUAUAACAAUUUUAAUUAAGUUGUAUUUAAUAAUUAUUGUUAUGAUCGAAUGACGAGCACUAAGGCGAGUCGUUUAGUGAAACACUGAAUAAAAAGCAAGAGGUUAAAAGGUUUGUUUUAACACCGACUAGA